UUCACUAUGUUCUCAUCUCACCCAACCUCUCACGCGCCCAUUCUCUCUCUCUCUAAGAUACAACAAUCUCACUUCUUCAUUCUCGUUCUCACACGCACUCUCAUUCCACUCCAUUACAAAUCGCCGGCACGUUUCCUUCUUCGAUUACAUCUUUGUAUCAUUGGAUGAUUGGGAGUCUGUUUUGAAAAUUGUUGGCUUGGAGAUAAGCAAUGGCACCAAAUCCAAGAGUUGCAAAAGCCUUUCGUGCUAUGAAGGUUCUUGGCAUCAGUGAAGAAAAAGUGAAACCAAUCUUGAAAAAUCUUUUAAAAUUGUACGACAAAAACUGGGAACUCAUUGAGGAAGAAAAUUACAGAGCCCUUGCAGAUGCUAUAUUUGACCAAGAGGAAGCUCAGGUGACAGAACAAAAGAAGAAUACUGAUUGGGGGGUAAUGGAUGAAGAAGCACGGGUGCAUGAGGAGCCUGAACGCCCCUUAAAAAGGUUGCGCGUAAGAUACCAAGAAGGUCACGUUUCACCUUCUGUUGGUAAUUCUAGCCCCAGGUUGGGUGGUACUUCCUUAAGACAGCCCAAGGUGGAGGAGGCUGAACUACCUGAAACUUGUCCCCAACAACAGUCACAGGACAUGACAGACUUAUCUCAGCCUAAUAUAGAAAAUGUGAGGGCUGGAUCCCAUCCCUUGUCACCCCAGACCCUUAUUAGGAACAAAGGAAAACAAGCUGUCUCGCCUAAGCCCCUAUCAAUACAGGAAAGAUUUGAGCCAUCUCAACCUGAUUCAGUUUCUCCUCCAAUACGUCUCAAGGAGAAAGGAAAGGAACCUCUAUUACCUCAAAUUGCUCAAAGAGAUAAGAGAGCAUUUUCUGAGAGGACACCUCAUGCAGUGCACUUGAGAGAGCCAAAUGUUGAUCGUGGCAUUGUUCUUUUGACGAAACAACAGACGCAUAGUUCUCAUGCUUUGAUCAAGCCUAAAGAUGAGCCUGUUACUGAUGACAUGCCUCAGCCUAUUGCAGUGAUUCAUCCUGAGCCAUUGAGCAAAGGAAAUUCUUCAAAUGAAAAUGGCUCAAUCAGAGAGCAUGAUGGUUCUGAACCACUAGUAUCCCAAUCUAUACAUGGAGAAGAUAGAAAUGUUGCUGGUCCAGCUUCAUCAAGGGAAAGGAGAACCAAUUGUGAGCUUGUGAGCAUUGUGGACAAGUCUCCUGCUAACUUAGAGAUUGCUUCCUCACCCUCUGGAGAUGUGAAGAUUUCUCUGACCUGUAAUUCCGCUUUUGGAAGACCUGAUUUCCGCAUGCCUAGUAUUGAUACAGUUCUCAAAAUGGUGGAGGAUAAAUGUCUCAGAUCAUACAAAGUUCUGGACCCAAAUUUUUCUGUGAUGAAACUAAUGAAAGAUAUGUGUGACUGUUUUCUGGAACUAGGAACUGAGUCUGCCAAUGAAUCACAGGAAACAAUAGAUGUAACUCCAGCUAUUGAUUUAUCGAAACAAUCUAAUGGAUUGGAUGCUUUGUGUGCUAGAGGCAUGACAUUUGGUCCUUCUAAUGGAUCAGUUGAUACACAAUGCGCUGCUGAAGCGUCUGAGUCUCAAAUUCCAAGACUUCCACCAUCUUCCAGUGGGAUGGAUGACUGCACAAAAGCUAACAAGGAUACUACUGAGAACAGCUGUGAAAUUGAUGAGGAAAAAGAACAGACUAGCCUUGUACAUGCAAAUUCUCGUAGUCUGGUGGUGGUUGAGCAGCAUCAACUAGCACUUCAUGAUGUGAAUGACAUAGCCAAAGGACAAGAAAAAGUUUUAAUAUCAUUGGUAAAUGAAGUCAACAAUGAGUGUCUGCCAUCCUUUCGCUAUAUACCCCAAAAUGUGGUUUUCCAUAAUGCUAAUGUCAAUUUCUCUCUGGCUCAAAUUGGGGAGAAUUGUUGUUUGACUUGUUUUGGCAAUUGUUUAUCUUCGUCAGCACCUUGUGCUUGCGCACAUGAAACUGGUGGUGAUUUUGCCUACACCUUAGAAGGCCUUGUAAAGGAGGAUUUUCUAGAAGAGUGUAUUUCUAUGAGUCGCGAUCCCCAAAAGCACAACCUCUUUUAUUGUAAGGAAUGCCCACUAGAAAGGUCCAAAAAAGAUGAUAUUAUAGAACCAUGCAAGGGUCACCUAGUUAGGAAGUUCAUUAAAGAAUGUUGGUGGAAAUGUGGCUGCAGUAAACAGUGUGGCAAUCGGGUGGUACAGCGCGGCAUAAAUUGCAAUUUGCAGGGUUCUUCGCAAGUGAGGCUAAGAAAUGGUUACAUGUUCUGUCAACUUGCUUCUGUGUGUAGGAUCCCUGAAGGAAAAGGGUGGGGUCUCCGUACCCUAGAGGACCUCCCUAAAGGUGCGUUUGUGUGUGAAUAUGUUGGAGAAAUAUUAACCAAUGCAGAGCUCUACAAACGAAUUUCACAAAGCCCCAGCAGUGAGGAACAUGCAUAUCCUGUGCUGCUUGAUGCUAAUUGGGGUUCAGAAGGAGUCUUGAAGGAUGAAGAGGCUCUUUGUUUGGAUGCAACAUAUUAUGGAAAUGUUGCAAGGUUUAUUAAUCACAGAUGUUUUGAUUCAAACUUGGUUGAGAUACCUGUGGAGGUAGAGACCCCGGACCAUCACUAUUAUCAUCUUGCCUUCUUCACAACCAGAAAGGUGGAAGCUUUGGAGGAGCUGACAUGGGAUUAUGGUAUUGAUUUUGAUGAUCAUGAUCAUCCAGUCAAGGCGUUCAAGUGCCAGUGUGGCAGCCAGUUUUGUCGAAACAUUAAACGUUCUAGUAGAUCUAGACCUGCAGCGAACAUAAGAUGAACAUACAUGUGGCGUUUGUGAAGCUGUUUGCUAUUUUGAUGUUCAUAACCUUUUCCCCUCAGUGACACUCCAGUUUGGCUCACUGAUUUUGCUUGAUUUUGGGGUUAGGGUGUACUUUUGUAGUGUUAUGUGGGAUGCAUGAGCCAUGAAUGUAAUCUCUUGGGACAACUAAGAUGGGUGUAGGAAUGUAUCUAUAAGCACCCUCUUUCUUUUUCUUUUUCUUUUUUCCUUUUCUUUUGCAUGUGUUUUUGUGUUUCGAGGAGGGCGUCCCUCUUGAAACCUAUAUUAUCAAAAAUGUUCCUAGUAGGCCUUUGGAGUUGAAAGUUUCAAUCCGUUUCUCUUAGAUAUUUUGAUUUUAUUCCAGAUUUUUUGAAUUUGUUUCCAUUGAUUAGAACACAGGCUUGAUUUGUCAUAAAAAUAUACGAGUCUGAUUGUUUC